GUCAUAUAAAUAUUAACAGUCUUUUCACUUCCAUAUUAUUCUCCACUUUACACAGUACGCAGCCAGUUCUGUUGCUCACCUUGAAUAGCUCUUUAUAACAUCAUAAUCGUAAUUACAAAAUGUCGGUUACAAACGUACUUGCCAUUGAUUGUGAAAUGGUUGCAAGUUAUAAUAAAAGCUUGUUAGCGCGUGUAUCCAUUGUGAAUCAGCAUGGAAGUAUUAUUCUUGACGAAUAUGUUAAACCUACAUCAACAGUCACUGAUUAUAGGGCUUUUGAAGACAAGAAGUGGAAAUUAGAAAAUGGCAUAGACUUCUCCCUUGUUAAAAAUAAAGUGGCCAAUCUUAUACAGGGACGUAUUCUAGUAGGGCAUUCAAUACAUUUCGACCUUGAAGUCUUGCAGUUGUCUCAUCCUGAGAGCAAGCGCAGAGAUUUGGCGAAAUACAACAGUCUCCAGCGUAAUGGCCAGCCUGUGGCUCUCAAGACUCUUUCCAAAAGUUAUUUAGGAAGAGAUAUACAAAAAACCCCUGACCAUGACUCCGUGGAAGAUGCAAAGGCAUGCAUGGAUAUCUACCUAAAACUUGCCAAUGAAUGGGAAAAAAAUUAUUAAACUUUUUCCUUAAAUAAAUAAUAAUAAAAUAAACACUUGUUUCUUUAUGCUUUAAAAGAGUUAGUUUUUCUUUCUAUAACCUGGGUACAUAUUAU